AUGCCAAUUGAAGUUGAUCUAAGCAAAGCUUACCGUUUGCUUUAUGACGAAAAGCAGCCUGAAAAGGCGCUGGAGCUUUAUGACAAGGUAUUAAAACAAUCGAAAGAUAAUCUUGUUGCGUUGAUUUAUAAGGCUGCAUCACUGGAAAAGUUAUAUUAUAGCUCAAAAAGCUGGCACAAUGAAAUUACUUUAACAACGGCUAAUGAGUUGCUUAGUGAUGCUAUGAAGGUUGCUGAGCAAAGGGGAGAUAGAGCUAAGUUAGCGCUUGUGAACUUUCGGUUUUUUGUUCAUAUGUUCAACCGACAUGAUUAUUCUGCCGCUAAGACACAUUUUAAAAAGGCUAAGGAGUUAGGAUAUAAAGAUGAUACCUUGACAAUGUGGGAGACAAGUCUGGCUCAGAAAUUGGAAAAGUUAAAGCUAUCUGAAAAGGUGUUAGUUGAAUCCAAUAAGGAAAAGACCAGUGAAACCGAGAGGCAUGUUCCAGAAAAACAGUCUGAGCACAUGAAAGUUCGGACUGAAUGGUAUCAAAGUUCUCAGCAAGUUACCAUAUCUUUGUUCACAAGUUCGUUGCCAUCGUCUUCUGAAUCGGUAUCUGUGGAUUUCGUCAAUGAUACAGAAUUGGAGGUAUCUUAUCCCGUUAAUGACAUGGCCAAUUCCACAUUCUACAAGUCUAUCAUCUUGGCGCAUCCUGUAGAGCCAUCUUCUUAUAAUUUGACAGUAAUGAGGACGAAAUUUGAACUAACCUUUAAUAAGAAGGAUAAGAUUUAUUGGAAAGUAUUAGAGAGAGAUGAACAGCUAGAGAAUAAAGUGUCUACUAAACAGUUCUCUCAGCUCUCAGAGGGCAAUCAAUCUUCUACGCUCAAAUAUCCAUCAUCUUCAAAAAAGAAAAUCGAUUGGCAAAAAUUAGAUACGGAAGACAAUGAAGAUGAGCAGGAACAAUCUGCAGAUUCUUUCUUUCAGUCCUUAUACGCAAAUGCAGACCCUGACACUAAACGGGCUAUGAUGAAAUCUUUUAUUGAAAGUAAUGGUACCUCCUUAAACACUAGUUGGGAUGAGGUUUCGAAGGGUAAAGUGGAAACAUCAUUGCCAGAAGGUGUUGAAAUUAAGGAAUUUUAG